AUGUCUUAUAAUCAUUACAACUACAGACACAAUUCGAUUGGAGGUAAUUGGCAUUUACCACCACCAACUCAGCAGCAACAGCAGCAACAGCAACAGCAACAGCAACAGCAGCACCAGCAACAGCAGUACCCCAAUGGAAGACAUGACACCCUGGUACAAGAUCAAAUGUAUCUACCGCAACAGGCUUACAAAAAUCAAGCUCCGGGGUUUCGUAACCCGUGGUUUUCCAUGAACCAUUCCCUGUCAGCUACAUCUUCCCCCUCUUCGUCUGCAUUGUCUCAAUCGCCAACAAAGUCACACCAUUUACCAUUAUUGCAACAGCAUCAGCCCCCGCCUUUAAACAAGCGAUUGUCAUUCACAAAUCAGCUUCUGACAACUUAUGAAAAUGAAAGUUCCGCCAACGCCAAUCCUCAAGUUUCUCCUUAUGUACAACCGCCAACUCGUGCCGAUAAUCCAUUCACUCAGUAUUUUUCCAAUCCCGAUGUAUCACUCAACAACCCCAAUGACCGUCGAAUGUCAGCGGCAGUGGAUGGAACCUACAGCAAUCCGUAUGGAUAUAACCAACAAGCUAGAGCAGGUCCGGCAUUGGUUGCACAGGGUGGGAAUGGAGCCUUGUUUGGUAGUAACGCCGACGCGUCAGUGGUACCAGGUGUGGCACCUGGACUAUCCCAAUUCAUCAAUCCCAGUAUGGCCCCUAUACCCGGCGCAAACCGAAGAUCAUCAGUAGCUGUUAUGCCUAAUCAUUAUUACCAACAACAACAACAGCACCAGCCAAUUUACGACAGUAAAACUGGUCAAUACUAUCCUCCACCUGCUAGAAGAUCGGGCUCUAUCGUGCAAUACCAGCAGUACAAGCAAGCACUUCAACAACAAAAGGCAACAAAUUUAAGAAAACCUGCCCCCAAGGCUAGGAAAAUUCACAACAAAUCAGAACUUUGUCCCAAAAUCCACCAGCAACCCAAGUACAGACGGUGCUCUGUUAACUCCGUUCAUAUUUCACCUCUCAAUGCAUUAUCGGUGUAUUUAACUGAGUCUUAUGGCAUAUGCCAGCCAAGGAAGUUUCAGUAUUCAAAAUCAACGAAUCCUAAACGGGUAUUAACCAAACCUCUGGAUCCAAAGUUCAAUAACGGGUACGACAACGAAGAAAGUGAUUAUAUUCUUUAUGUCAAUGAUAUUCUCGGAAGCGAAGAAGGUAGAAAGUAUAUGGUUCUCGAUUUAUUAGGGUCAGGUACCUUUGGUCAGGUUGUUAAGUGCCAAAAUUUGAUAAAUCAAACUGUAUGUGCUGUGAAGGUUAUCAAAUCCAAACCGGCUUACAUGAACCAGUCCUUGACAGAAGUGAAGUUGUUGGAGUUUUUAAACAACAACAGUGACGGAAAGAGCUUUAUACGGUUAUUGGACACAUUUAUGCACAAGGAGCACUUGUGUUUAGUGUUUGAGCUCUUGGCUUCGAAUCUUUAUGAGUUGAUCAAACAGAACCAAUUUCAAGGAUUGAGUAUGAAAUUGGUGAAGCUACUUACUAAGCAAUUGCUAGAUGCAUUAGCUCAGUUGAAGAAUUUUCAAAUGAUCCACUGUGAUUUGAAACCGGAAAAUAUUUUGCUAUGCCAACCAGAUAAACCUAAUAUCAAAGUAAUUGAUUUCGGCUCUGCAUGCUUCACGAGACAAACUAUCUACACAUACAUCCAGUCAAGGUUUUACCGAUCACCAGAGGUUAUUCUUGGUUUACCGUAUACGGAAUCUAUUGAUAUGUGGUCUUUGGGUUGUAUUGUGGGGGAGUUUUUCCUUGGAUUGCCAAUGUUUCCAGGUACUUCCGAGUAUAAUCAAAUCUGGAAGAUUGUUGACAUGUUGGGCCCCCCACCAAGACACAUGAUUGAAGUAGGUCGAAAUUCAUUGAGUUUUUUCAAAAAGAUACCUAGUGAGAAACCAGAUGGGAAACCAACCUAUGAAAUAAAGUCUUUUGAAGAGUACUCACAUGAUUUGCAAGCUGCCAAAAUGGAAAGUGGACCGAGUCAUUCACACAAAAAGGAACACCCAAACAAGAACUACUUUAAACACAAGUUGUUGAAGGAUAUUAUUUUGAAUUACAAACUUCCUAGUAAGAAGAUGACCAGUCUGAUGGUUGAAAAGGAAUGUCAAGAGCGAUUACUAUUGGUUGAUUUUUUGACAAAGGUGCUCAAUCUCAAUCCCUUGGAAAGGUUGACACCGCAGGAGGCAUUAAAGCACCCGUUUGUCCAAGAUGUGAAAUCCAUCGAGAUGCCCGUAUAG